AUGAAAAAACUAGGUAGUUAUUUUGCUGUUUCAUUUACUAUUUCAAUAAUACAGAUAAUUACUUGGUUUGAAGCAAUAUAAACAAUCCGAUUAGUCUGUUGUGUACUGAAUUUAAUUGCAUUAAAAAUGAAUAAAUAUGUUAGCUAGGGAAUUCUAGUACAUAAAGUAAUAUUAUUUUUAUGUGGAGUAUUAUCUCAAUAAAAUGAAAGCAUCUUAUAAUUUGCAAUGGAUGAUUAUUUCAUUGAAAAGAUUUAAAAUUCUAAAAAAUUGAUAACAUUAUUGAGAUUAUUUAGUGGUUUAGGAGCAAUAAUAUUAGUGUAUCUUAAAUAUAAAUAAAGUGAUUCAGCAUAACUUUCUCUUACUCUCUUAAUUCCAAUAAUGCAUUUAAUUCCACAAAUAUUCUAAAUUUACAAAGAAUACUGGACAGCUAAGAAAGAAGAACAUAGCAUAUAUAUAAAUCAUAAACCAACUACAAGAGAUUAUGUAUAAAUUCGCUCUAAGAUUGAAGAGAUGGAUUUCAUUCCAACAAACUUAGAUCAAAAUAACUCUAUUGAUAUAAACUAAUUAAUUCGUAAAAUAGCAUCAAGUUAAGAUAAAUAAUUUGUCUUAUAAGAAAUCAAUAUAUUUAAUGAAUAAGUUUGGAGAUUGAGAAUGAAUGCUAUGCCGAUAGGAAUUUGUAUAAUCAACAAUUAAAUCAAACCAAAGUUUAUGAAUAAUACUUUAGUUAAUAUGAUCAAAAAAAAUUUUAUAGAAGAGUAAGAAGACAAUCUUGAAAAUAUUUAUGAAUUGUUUAUGAAGACUUUAUUAUUCAAAAGGAUUGAUUAUGCUGAAUCAUAUGAUUUGCCAUAAUCAGCAAUAUUAAAACAUGAAAAAAAUUAGUAAUAAAAAAUGAGAUAAAAUAUUCCCUUUUUUGAAGAUGAACAUUAUAGUCUUUUUGAUCUAAUAAAAAAAUUAGAAGAAGAAUCUUUUGAUAGAUAUUUUAAUAAUAAAGAUAAAAUAAUAGAACUAUUUUCUACAUUUGAAAGUCCUGUGAAUUAAAAAUAAAUAUUUUUUGAUUGUAGAGUUCUAUUCUAAGAGAGAUAGAAUAUUGAUUAUAUGAUAAUUAUAUAGGAUUUUACAAAAUAGAAUGAAUUGUCAAAAUUAGAAGAGUAAAAUAAAUUUAAGACAAAAGUUGUGUAAUCUUUUUCUCAUGAAUUAAGAACACCUCUGAAUAGUGCCACUAUCUUUUUAAGAUCUGCAAUAGGAGAUUAGAAUUUAAACUAAGGAAUAAAGGAAUAAUAUUUAUAACCUUGUUUAUGUGCUUUAAAAUUAUAAAAUCAUUUGAUUAAUGAUAUAGUUGAUUUUAGUUAAAUAAAUGCUAAAUUAUUAGAUUUAAAAUUCAGUUAAUUUGAACUUUAAAAAAUAAUAAAUGAAGUGACUGAUCAAUUUAAAUUUUAAUUUGAAUUUAAAUAAAUUGGUCUUGCAUUUGAAAUAAUCAAACCUACAUCUCUAUUUACUCUGAUUAAAACAGAUUAUUAAAGAUUAUUAUAAGUUUUAACAAAUAUUAUAUAAAAUGCUCUUACUUUUUCAGAAAAAGGUUAUGUUUUAGUGAGUAUUGAGAGUUUAGAGAAAAAUGAGAUAGAAUUUUCAAUAAAAGAUGAAGGUGUAGGAUUAACAAAAAAAUAAUUAUAUUAAAUAAGGGAAAUAAUAAAUUAAGAAUAAUAAACUUCAAUUAAAAUGUAGGAAUGGUAAGGAUUUGGUUUGAUAAUAUGUCAAAUGUUAUUAAGAUAUUUAUCUCCUAUAACUAGAAAUAGUAUUUAGAUAGAAUCUGAUGGUUAGGAUUGUGGUACAAAAGUAUCUUUUACAAUAUCAAAUCAUAUAGCAGCAUAGACUUAAGAAUAAGUUUAUAGUUAAUGUAAUAAAAAGUUGCUUCCUAGAAUGAGAAGUAUGCCUACUUUGAGAGCAGAGUAUGGAUUAUUGAUUUGUAUAAAAUCAAAGUCACCAAGUAAGAUAUUGUUAUCAAAAACAACAGAUUUAGAGGAAUGUGAUUUAUCUAGUUCAUCAAUAAGAGAAGUUGGAGAAAAGGUAAGUCAAUAUGAAAUAAAGCAUCGUUCUAUUGAUAUAUUAAAUAAAAGAAGUCCAUAUUAAUAAAGUAUCUAAAAAAAAUAAUCUGUUUGGUAACGUAUAAGAGAAGGAUCUUAUUAAUUAUCUGUUAAUGAGACUGGUUUAAGUAAUUUAUAAUAAGGAAUACAAUGUUGUAAUACUAUUUUAAGUGUUGAUGAUGAAGUGUUUAAUUAAAAAUCAUUAUAAUUAUUACUUAGAUAAUAAGGAUUUAAUGUGGAUAUUGUAUAAAUAUUAUAAUGUUAAGAUAGGUAUUUAAUGGAAGACAAGCUAUUGAAAAAGUAUUACACCCAUCUAAAUGUUGUUCAUCAUGUUUAGGAUAUCGUUUUAUAUUAAUGGAUUGUCAAAUGCCAAUUUUAGAUGGUUGGAUGACUACUAAAAAAUUGAGAGUAAUGAUGUAAAAUGAAUAAAUACCUAAUAUCCCUAUUAUUGGAUUGACUGCUUUUACCAGUAAUGAAGAUGUUGAGAAAUGUAAAGAAGCUGGAAUGCUCAAUAUUUUACAUAAACCAUUAGAUAUCUCAAAAUUUCAAUAGAUAUUAGCUGAACUUCGUAUUAUAUGAUUU